AUGGCUAACAGGACCGUUCGCCGGACGCAGCACUCGCUCAAGUCCGCUACAUUCCAGUGGACCGAGUGUUUCUGGGCCGGUUCGUAUGACGAUGGGGCACUCCGCGACUGUAUUCGGAGUCGAGUCCUUAUCUCGACUCGCAUCAAGAAUCAUGACUACCUCUCUCGUGGGCGGCUACUCCUCGGGGCCAUCAUGACGGCUAUUCCGAAAUGUACCAAUGUCGCGACCGGAUUCAGGAACGGUGUCCUAUGCCCAAGAAUUUUCUUGCUCAUCCUCGAGAUCAUGCGAAUGCCCAAGGCACCGCCCUGCCGAUUGCUUAUUGGUGCUUGCUCGACUUGGUUUAUGACGAAGUUGUUGGGUGUCUUAGACUGUCCAUUGGAUCAUUAA